AUGCUUGAAGUCUAUCUUGACCCGUGUACGGUCAACAGUAGGAAGGUGUUGGCUGGCCUGAACCUGCUUGGAACCGAGUACCAGCUCAACCAUGUCGACUAUUUCAAAGGCGAGCACAAGAGCGACGAGUACAAGAAGAUCAACCCACACGCGACCGUGCCAGCCGCGAGAGAUGGCGAUCUGGUCAUCACAGAGUCAAAUGCCAUUCUGCAAUACGUCGCCGAGGACAGUGGAUCUGUCUACCCGAAAGACGCAAAGCAACGCUGCGCUGUCAAUCGCUGGCUGCUCUGGGAAGCCUCUGUCUGGUUCCAGAGCUGCUACGUGUAUUUGAUACAGAAUGUCGCGCAGCCCCUGUUUGGUGCCGAGCCGGACCAGUCUGCCAUCGACGCCGAAGCUCCCAACUGGCACAAGUCAGCCGCGAUCCUUGACAACCAACUUGCAAAGAGCAAAUGGCUCACGGGUGACGACGUGACCAUCGCAGACAUUGCGGUGGCUGCUCCCAUGCAUCUCCACAAAGCUUCACGCUUGCCUCUUGAUCAGUACCCGAACUUGAAACGCUGGAUGACCGAGCAGGUCGAAGCCUUGCCGUGCUGGCAAAAGACGCAAGCGGCGGUCGAUAAAGCACUGUUGCCAGGUAAGGCUGACACCAAUGGCACGGCCGGCAAAGGUCAGGUCAGGGCUAAUUUCAACUACACAAAGGAGGUGCAACAAACAACUGAGAUCUACUUUUACGAAACCGAUGUAGUGCGGGACAUCCACGAGCCCGGAGAUGAUCCACGGGAGAUGGUCGUGACAGACGGGUGGUCUCAAGCAGACCAGUUCUCCGCCGACAGAGAAGGGUUCUCGCUGCACAAAUUCCCCACCCAACAGACAGCCUGGGACGAUGACGAAGGGGUUCGAGAGGAAUUCUAUCCGGAGGUCGUCGAGUUUGUGAAAGGCGCCACGGGGGCCAAGCGCGUGCUUGUCUUUGAUCACACGAUUCGUACAAAGCGCAACGAGAGCAAGAAACUGACACAAGAGAGCAAUACCUCCCAGCGGGCACCCGUCAUGCUGGUGCACUGCGACUACACGGCUGAAUCUGGCCCGGUGCGUGUCCGGCAGCUAUUGAAGGAUGAGGCGGAUGAUCUGCUGUCUCGUCGUGUUGCUUUUUUCAACGUCUGGAAACCGCUCAAUGUCGUUGAAGAGCGGCCUCUGGCAAUGUGUGAUGUCGGCUCGUCGCCCAUGGAGGACUUUUUCAAGCUGUUUCUGCACUACCGUGACCGCACAGGGGAGAAUUACGUGAUGCGAUACUCGCCCAACCACAAGUGGUAUUACUUCCCGAAGAUGAAGCCUGAUCAGGCCAUCCUGUUGAAGACCUACGACUCCGAGACUGAUGGGAGAGCUCGAUUUGUCGGUCAUAGUGCCUUUGAGGAUCCAACUUCAGACGCAAACGCCCCUUUUAGGGAGAGCAUCGAGGUCAGGACAAUUGCUUUCUUUUAG